UAUUUCAGAGAGAAGACACUCAAAGAAACACAAAGCAAAGGAGCCGUUUCAAAGAAUUAUCCCGCCUAUUACUACUAUUACUACUAGAGCCCGUUCUAAAGAAUCUAAACUUCCUGCUUAAUAUGUCUAAUCUCUUUCUUCUGUAGACAGAAUUAGAAAUAUGGGUGGCAAACCUAGCACAGUGGAAGGAGAUAAAAGAUCACAUGUUCAGGCUGGAGAUGGAAUAAGGUCUGUCAGGACAACUUCAGUCUUUAAGGCAGUGAAUUUUGAACUUUAUGUUAAACCAAAUCUUGCUGUGAUGGCUUUUGGAGUUGUAGCAAUUUUAUGUAGCACGGGAUAUUUAGCUUACAUGAAAUCUCAGCAUCGGGAGUCUAAAUCAUAUGUUGCUAUUGCAGAAGAUGAUACUCAGCAUCUAUAUCAAAAGCGUUCAAAAUGGGAUUGAUGUAACUUUGAUUUUCAUAACUUUUCUUGUGUAUAUUAUGUUGUAUUCUAAAAUUGUAUUAUGAAGAUUGCAUUAUAUUCUUUAUAACAAA